AUGCAAAGAAGCGCCGGAUUCCAAAAUAUAAUUUUUAGACGACGAGGAGUCCUUGAUGGCUGAUACUUCCUCGGUUAUUUAUCUUUUUGUAAUUAAGAAUUUAUAUUUGAAAAAUCAAAAGGGCAAACUAAAACUCAACUAACAAUAAAUGGAUAAAACCAACGAAGGGUUGGAUCAAGUGGUAAGCGGCUUGUUCCAGCUUAAGCAAGGUCUCGAGUUCGAGUCCUUGUGGAUGCAGCAGCCCCCGCUGGGAGACUCACCCACCAUUUCCAGGUGCGCGACGCGGGUCGGGUCCGGAUUAGUCGGGGUGAAGCCCCGGAUACCGGACGGGAAACCGAAAAAAACAAUAAAUGGAUAAAGUAAUAAAUAUUAAUUUUUUUA